CAUAUAUAAUUUCAAGCAUCUUUGUGAGAAACAUCACAAAAAUCCUUGGAGGAAGGUUUCAAUAGCCAAGGUGUAAUGAAUGAGCCUAUGUUUCACGGAUCGGAUUUGUCCCGUCACUCAAAUCCUUUUAUACAACCGUUCAUAUUCAUGACCAGGAAAUGGGGGCUUCUGUGCAAUAUGGCGAAUUAACAUAACUUUUGGGUGGAAUGAAAGAAAGGAGCAUUGGCUCAGGGCAAUCUAUCUAGCUGGGGGAUUUUGGUAGAGCUAGACGUUCACUUUAUACGGAGUAAGUACCUAAGUAAGGUAGCAUUUUGUGGUUGUGGCCAGAACAUCGGAAGGAAUCUCCACCCACAUCCAGCCAACAACGUUAGGGCGAAAGUAUUAUAAGAAAAUAAAUAUCGAGUAACCCAGCCAAAGAAGAGAAUUAUCUGCAAAUUUCUAUUCGUCGCAACUGCACUCACACAUAUACAAACAUUUGUAUAUUCCUCUCCUUGUUUAUUCACAAUUCGUAUAGGACUUUAUCCAAUCCACUCAUAUGCGCGUCGAGAGUCUUCAUUCCCAAGUCGGCAGGACUGGCCGCAUUCGUUGUGCAAGGAUAAAUUAACGGAUUAUCCAGAACAAGGGGGUCUCACAAGCAGCGGAAGUACCAGCAGGAGUACAAAGAGUUCUGUUUCUGGCCCUUUCGUUACGAUGGCUGGACAAAGUCGCCGUAGGAGCUCGAGUGCGGCAUUUCAACAUCGCGCUGAAAAAGUGCACUUUGUUCCAUUCGAUGGACAUGAUGAUUCAAGAAGACCUUCUCUCAGCGCAAUGAUAAUGACGACCCGGCGGAAAAUGAAGUCUCGCCAAUUCCUACUACUGAUUACCAUUUUCACCUUGGCUACAUUCUCGAUAUUCUAUUUACGGGCGCCUUUUCCAUACCCUUCGAGCUCCUUCCCGUCUUCCAACCAGAAACCGAAACAGCCAAGCAUACCUAACCCUCAAAUACCUACCACCAUUGAUGUGAAGAAACCGCAGACAUCUUCAUAUCAUAUUGGUCCUUCGCAUCCAGUUUACCAAUUAAUCAAGGAUAACGAGCAAGCAUUCGAGAAUGUAAAGGCAAAACAAUCAAAGACGCUGGAGGAAGCAGUGGCAGAAUAUAGGAAACGAUAUGGAAUACCUCCACCUCCUAACUUCGACAAAUGGUACAAUUUUGCAAAGUCAAAAGGGGUACAACUUAUUGACGAAUACGAUAACAUCCAUACAUCCUUAACGCCGUUUUGGGGGCUAAAACCGGAAACUAUAAGAGGAAGAGCGCGAGAAGCAUUGGGAUUUCCCAAUAAUCUAAUAGGGCUGCUGAUUAGAGGAGGAAAGGUUACAAAGGUUGAGGGAGGGAAUCAAUGGCAACAAGAUGCUACGGUUGGAAUGAUGAAGCCAUUCUUGAAGUAUCUCCCUGAUAUGGACCUCUGCUUCAAUAUUCACGACGAACCUCGCGUGGUUGUGCCAUAUGAUGACUUAGCUCGACUAGUGCAUGUUGCAAAGGAUCAGAAUAUGCCGAACGCAAAUUCAGUUGAAGCACCCAGGAAUUCAUGGUCGCCAAGACCGAUAGAUGUUGUUAGCGAUGGCUUGAGAGUGCCGGAAGUGAAGACCACACGAUUCAACGUCUUUUCUCAUCAACCAACCUGGACCCACUCGAGGCUGUCCUGCCCUCCAGAUAGUGCCGCCAGGAGUCUAGAUGAUGGACUGAAAGAGGACAAUUAUGCUAGUUAUGCCGUGACGGAGCUAGGGUUUGUCUACAAUCAAACCGCUUUCUCCGAUGUUUGUCAAUCUCCUUCUUUCAGCGAAUCCUUCGGGUUUUUUGAUCGGCCCAACGCCUUCAACAUCGUACAUGACUUGUUCCCGAUUUUCUCGCAGUCGAAAAUCUCGUCGUUCUCCGAUAUAUUAUACCCAUCUCCUUGGUACUGGUAUGGCAAAGUACCAUAUGAGGAAGCCGAAGACAAAGCAUGGAAGGACAAGGAAGAUAGGAUAUACUGGAGGGGUUCGACAACUGGGGGUUUCAGUCGAGACGGUGGCUGGAGACGGCAACACAGGCAAAAGGUGGUGCAAAAAGUCAAUUCUGGCGAUCAGGCAAAAAUUUUGGUCAAUCGAGGUGAAGAGACCAAGGAAGAUUGGCAGGUGAAGAAUGUACCACGGAGUGAUUUCAAAGAAAUUUUCGACAUUUACUUCUCCCAUGUCGGACAAUGCGACCCUGGAGAUUGUGAUGCACAAAAACAGUUUUUUGAUGUUAAAGAGGCGGCGAAGCAACAGGAUGCGUGGAAAUAUAAGUACCUACUUGAUAUGGAUGGGAAUGCUUUCAGUGGAAGAUUUUACGCGUUCUUGAAAAGUAAAAGUUUAGUGUACAAAAUGGCUAUCUUCAGAGAAUGGCAUGAGGAAUGGUUGAAACCUUGGGUGCAUUAUAUUCCUUUGAGCUUGAGAGGGGAUGAAUGGGUUGAGGCGGUACGAUGGUUCGCGGGAGAAGAUGUUGGGAAGAAAGAAGCGGAGCGAAUUGCCCUUCAGGGGAGGGAGUGGGCAAAUAAUGUGCUCAGGAAUGAAGACCUGGAAGUAUGGUUCUUCAGAUUAAUGCUCGAGUAAGUGCCCAUUUCGCCUUUGGUUCUGCUUUUUUUUGCUUUCGGAAACAAUACUGACAUCCAUAAAGAUAUGGCAGACUAGUUGAUGAUGACCGAGAGAUCAUCGGUUACACUGGAACAACAGGAUCGACAUGAAAAUAAUUCUCAUCACACUUAGAUAUAAUCGAAUCGGCUAUGUAUAAUAUGAAGGUUCCCGAUUUCCUUUAAUUUUUCUGUACGAUACCAUCAUGUUGACGAAAAAGCAUGCUAGACGCAUUGCAUUUACCUUUUGCUGAAGCCACCUUUCUUCCUCGGGAGAUGAGGUUUAAAUAGUUGGGAGUUUGCGCAUCGAUCAGCACACUAAUUGCAUGGUUGUUUGACUUUCUGUGGAAAUAAGGGAGGCACCAGGUCUAAACCAGUCUGAGAUUUUGUUACGUUUUGGAAUGUGUGCAGGAGUGUGCAUGUUAUACCAUUUCUAAUAUACCCAGAGCUUUCUUUUCU